AUGGCAAGGAUACAUCAUGCACGCCCGCAACAGCAGCAGGGUGCCAGUCGUGCUAUGGCGAUUGAGAAGACUCGCGCCGUCGUGAAGAAGAAGAAGCCGUAUAAGAUUGUCCUGGAAGCCGUUACUCAGGAGAAGAAGAAGCUACAUUCAAUCCUGACAUACGCCUCGAAUGCUCCCCAAGGGUUUGGUUUCGUUCCAGCCGGACACCCAGAGAUCACCGAGUGGUGCAAAGAGCAGUGUCGCCAACGGAACCUCGAUGUGCACGUCGUCUCGGCGAAACCCAAGAACAAGACGCAUGCCGAUCCCGAAAAGCUCUCGCACCAUGUCCACCGUAUUGGUCACCACUUCCCUCUCGACAUAAUAAAGCUCGCGUGCAGCAAGUUUGGUUACGAGUACGACGAAGAGUCCGGUCUGCGCAAGACCAGGGCUAGUGACAGAGAGAACUGGAUGAUACAACAGGUUGAGAGCUAUUCGACCAGACAGGCACUACAUGGUCGCCCAACGACUAAGGAGGGGACGAAGGACCACAUCAGUGGCGCCGUGCGUGAAAUGUUCCCAAAGAUACCCGAAGCGGAUCUGUCCUCCAUCGUCAACCAUGCUUUCGAAGAGGGCACAAACCGAGUAGGUAACGCAAAGGAACUCCCUCUUGCUCGUCGGGUCCAACUUGCUGUUGUCGCACACAUCCGUCACACCUAUACAGAUUACGACAAGAUGCUCAAGACCGGCUCCUGGAUGGAGGCUCGCCAAAAGGUCGAGCAUGUGUCUCUUGCCAAACUCAAGGAGUGGAGAGAUGAGACCGGCGAACAGAGCAACGAGAUUGAAGACACUUUCCGAGAAGUCAUCGUUCUGGAUGACGAUGAAAAUGAGACCAGUGAUGGUGGUGACACGCCUGAUGAACGAGAACAAAGUAUGGAGAUUGUCUCUAACCGAGUGAUCGCCCGAGACAUACAGCUCGAGCGAUACCCUCAGUAUCCGCCCGCUAGUGAUCAUGAGCGGAGACGAGGACAUGGAAGGACGAUAUUCGUACAUCCGUAUCCUCCUCCACCUCCACCACCACCAGCGUAUGAGUUUCAGGCCCCACAAUACCGCACACCGGCAACGCGAGCAGUUCGAGCCCAUGACGAGCCAGCUCGACCUGAGCCUUUCUAUGCUGCUCACAGCCGACCACCGGUUGAUUCGUGA